UACGUGCCUAACCUCCCUGAAUUCUGCCGCCCGCACUCAGCUCUCACAUUCCGACCCGGACCGGGGUUUCAGAGAAUGCAGGUCUCGUUGAGGAAAUCUCCACGCAAUUGUUAGCCAAGCUAUUGGUCAAGUUGCUGUUACUUUCGAAUUGCCUGCGCACAUUUUAGCUAGAUGGGCGAUGGUGUAUCGCGAUUCGUAGAUACCGUCGCCUAGGAUCUUAUCGCAUCUACUACCCACUUGCAGCCAUAGGACCUCUCGUAAAGGCCCAAGCAGUCCCCCGCCGCCCCGGGCGUCAACGUUAUCGGAGAAUCGCGCGGGGAGCUGAGACGGCAUGACCUUGCCCUUCACUACCCCGUCCCGCAAGGGUGACGCGUGGUUUUGCGUCGGCCUCGCGUCCUCGUUCCCCGACAUCACCGAGUCGGGCAGCGCUAGUCUCUCUGAGCACCGCCCCUGCGCCGGCCAGGGUUCGGCGCCCGGGUGUAAGGUCUUCCAUGUCCCUCUGACAGACAGCUCCCAAGCGCGCCAGAUCGAGGGCGACUCGAUAGUGCGCUCCGAGGGAGGCGGGCUGUGGGAUCAGAUGGUUGUAUUCAGGUACAAGAGCAAGGUCCAUGCCAUCAACAACCGUUGCCCACACUCGGCCUAUCCCCUCUCCGAAGGCAUCCCGUUCGACAUCGAGGACUUCGGCGUCGCGUUGAGCGCAGGGAUCACCUGCCCGAAGCACGGCUGGUCGUUCGAUUUGUUCUCGGGGCGAGCGGAUCGGGCCAACUACGAGCUGAGGCUGUGGGAGGUCCAGUUGCGCCCGGCCGAGAGCGCCGGGGUCGGAGCCGGGUCCGGGACCCGCACCGAGAAGGACGGAGAUGACCAAGAGGUAUGGGUGAGGAGAAAACAGAGGAUAGGAUAAUUAAGACGCUUCCAUGCUCCAUCUAGAGAGACUGGCCACAAGUCGAACACACCGCGAGUGCUGGGCACUAUGAUAUAGGCACCUCCUAAGC